AUGGAUUCUACUAAUCCAUUCCCUGACUCUGGCUUCAUGGAGUUUCUUCACAGUCAACAAACACCACAUGCCUUUGAACCUGUUUCACCAAGUAUUUGUCUCGGUGAUGCUGAAGAUUCUGUCUUUGGUUCACAAUGGGAAGAUGGUGGAAGCGAUGGUGAAUGCAGGCCAAAAGAAGCAAAGAAAUGUUCAAGGAAGAAAUGGACACCUUUAGAGGAUUUAGUCCUCAUCAGCGCUUGGCUGAAUACUAGUAAGGAUCCCAUAGUUGGGAAUGAGCAGAGAUUAGAAGCUUUUUGGAGUAGGAUAGCCACAUAUUAUGGCUCAAGUAAAAAGUUGGUCGGCAUGGAGAAGAGGUACCCAAAUAACUGCAAACAAAGGUGGUCAAAAAUCAAUGAAGCUCUCUGCAAGUUCGCCGGCUGCUAUGCGUCUGCAUCGGCUCAGAGAUCAAGUGGUCAAAACGAGGAUGAUGUGAUGAAGCUUGCCAAUCAGAUGUACUUGAAUGAUACAAAGAAAAAGUUCACAUUGGAACAUGCUUGGCGAGAGUUGAGAAAUGAACAAAAAUGGGCUCCAAAGGAAGGCAAUGGUGUUUCUAAACGAAGAAGAAGAGAAGAUGGGUCUUCACCGUCGGAAGCUGCGCAUACCCAUGGAGGAGAUGAAGCUGAAAGGCGUCCAAUCGGUGUAAAAGCUUCAAAGGCAAAAGGGAAGAAGCAUGUGACCAGUGGCGAAGGAACUACUAAGCCGGAUUAUGAAGCCUUUGAAAAAGCCUGGGAUAUCAGACAAAAGGAUUUAGACAGCAGGAACAAGUUAAGUAACAAGAGGAUGUUGGAGAAUCUUCUUGCCAGAACUGAUCCUUUAAGUGAGGUGGAAGUGGUUUUAAAAAACAAGCUCAUAGCUGAGGUUUUAGCAGAUGGGUAA